AUGGAUGAUUCGUUCUUCGAUUCGUUUCAUGUCAUCCCUGUCGAUGAUACUGCUGAAAUGGCGGCAACGAGCACGGCAAACAACGGCAAUUCCAACACUUUCACUCCGAAGCAAAAAAAGCCGCGCUUUCAAUUUGGAUCUCAUAUUCGCGUUCUGAAGACCCAUGAUGUGACACCAGAGCCAAACUUUCAUCUAAUGGAAGAUAAACAGCUUAAGGUUGAGCUGGCCAAGAAUGGACUGAAACCGAUGGGACGAAAACGUGCAAUCAAGAUGUUACACGAUAUUUACGAGCACACUCAUCCAAUCGUCGACGAAAAUCUUCUCAAAAACCUUCCUUCGGCUGAUGAGAAGAAGGCAACGAAAAAGAAAGAUCAAGCCUCGGAAAACACAAAGCAGAAAACAGAAAUUGGAGAGGAACAAGAUGAGAAUGGAGACACUGACGACGAUCCAUUUGAAGUGGAAGGAAAAAUCCCAAGUAACAUCGAUGAAUUGCACGAGGCUUUCAUCUGUUGGUUGAGAGAACCCGAACAAGAAGAGCUUCUACUACAUUGCCUACAACUUAAACCUGUAGCAUUUGAUGAACUUUAUCUACAGAUCAAAAAGGCUGAUUCUGCAAUUUGUGGGAUGUCGAAAAAAGCGCUGUCGGAGAUAAUGAAUCGAAUUCCAAUUACUUUUCGAGCACUUCCAAGAACUCGUCGAGGUCGGAAGGGAAAAAAA